UCUGCAAUUCUCUUCUCCGAUCGAGAUUUUACGAUUUCAGUUGAUCGUGAAUCAAACUUGCUAAGCAGUAAAGGAUAUGUGCAGAUCCUCUUAGAGGAGGAAGAAGAAGAAGGUGCGGAGAUUCUGUAGAAGGAAAGGAAAAGAAAGGAAAGGAGAAGAAGGAGAAAAAAACCCUAAAUCCUUCGUCAAUGGCUGGAAGCCAGUCCAAGGACUCCAUCAGUGCGAGUUCUCGAGUCUGGCUUUAUUCUUUGCUGCUUACGCUGCAGUACGGCGCGCAACCGCUGAUUUCAAAACGUCUUGUUAGGAGAGAAGUUAUUGUGACUUCCUCAGUUUUGACAUGCGAGAUGGCAAAGGUUAUUUGUGCUCUUAUGUUGAUUAUACGGGAGGGUAGAUUGAAGAGCCUUUUCAAGAACUGGACUUUAGUUGGUUCAUUAACUGCUUCUGGACUUCCAGCAGCCAUAUAUGCACUGCAAAACAGCUUGUUGCAGAUUGCCUACAAAAAUCUGGAUUCUCUCACUUUCUCAAUUUUGAACCAGACAAAACUGUUCUUUACUGCAUUGUUUACAUAUUUAAUUUUAGGGCAGAAACAAACAAUUCAACAAAUUGGAGCUCUCUUUUUAUUGGUAAUUGCAGCUGUUUUAUUGAGUGUUGGUGAAGGGUCUAGCAAAGGUUCUCAUGAUAGCAAAGAUCCUGAUCAGAUUUUAUUUUAUGGUAUCAUUCCUGUCUUGGUGGCAUCUGUGCUAUCUGGACUGGCUUCUGCUCUCUGUCAGUGGGCUUCUCAGGUCAAGAAACAGGCCUCUUACUUGAUGACUGUGGAAAUGUCUAUAGUCGGAAGUCUUUGUUUGUUGGCUAGCACAUAUAGCUCUCCAGAUGGUGAAGCUAUCAGAAAGCAUGGAUUCUUCUAUGGUUGGACCCUGUUAACUAUGAUCCCAGUAUUAUUGAAUGCUCUAGGUGGAAUUCUUGUUGGUUUGGUAACAUCAUAUGCUGGUGGCGUCCGCAAGGGAUUUGUGAUUGUUUCUGCACUUCUUGUAACCGCAACACUUCAAUUUAUGUUUGACGGAAAAGCACCUUCAGUCUACUGCCUGUUGGCUCUUCCUCUUGUGAUGCUUAGUAUUUCUAUAUACAACAAAUACCCAUACCGCAUCAAGAAGAAGGAAUCUUAAUGGUACCCAAUGAAGUAAGUACUAAUAUUAGGGUUUCUUAUUAUAGUGUACUAGAUACAUUUGCUCAGUAAUUUUUUUUUUUCCGGUUUAUAUGCAAAUCUCUGGGUGGCAUGUUCUUUAAUCUAAGUAAUUUGGCCUGUCUUUUAGCUUUAUGGCCUGCCUGUCUUGUCUUUACUUAGUUUGAUGAACUUGGUAAAUUGUUCUUGGAUAAAUCAAAUGUAUUGGCUCUUAUGACAUGUUACAUUUUUAUUCAAUAUUUGGUUUCAUUUCACUUGAU